GCGCCGCUUUUCGGCUGCGGGGGGGGGCGGGGGUCCAGCCCAUCCAUGACCAUGGGCGACAAGAAGAGCCCGACCAGGCCAAAAAGACAAGCCAAACCUGCGGCAGACGAAGGGUUUUGGGAUUGUAGCGUCUGCACCUUCAGGAACAGCGCCGAAGCCUUCAAAUGCAGCAUCUGCGACGUGAGGAAAGGCACCUCCACCAGGAAACCUCGGAUCAAUUCUCAACUGGUGGCACAGCAAGUGGCACAGCAGUAUGCCACUCCACCACCCCCAAAAAAGGAAAAGAAGGAGAGAGUGGAAAAGCAAGACAAAGAGAAACCUGAGAAAGAUAAAGAAAUUAGUCCUAGUGUAACCAAGAAAAAUACCAACAAGAAAACAAAACCAAAGUCUGAUAUUCUGAAAGAUCCUCCCAGUGAAGCGAACAGUAUACAGUCUGCAAAUGCAACGACAAAGGCCAGUGAAACGAAUCACACCUCAAGGCCCCGGCUGAAAAACGUGGACAGAAGCACUGCACAGCAGUUAGCAGUAACUGUGGGCAACGUCACCGUCAUUAUCACAGACUUUAAGGAAAAGACUCGCUCCUCAUCAACCUCCUCCUCCACAGUGACCUCCAGUGCAGGGUCAGAACAGCAGAACCAGAGCAGCUCGGGCUCCGAGAGCACAGACAAGGGCUCCUCUCGGUCCUCCACGCCCAAGGGCGAUAUGUCCGCCGUCAACGAUGAAUCUUUCUGAAAUUGCACAUGGAAUUGUGAAAACUAUGAAUCAGGGUAUGAAAUUCAAAUCCUCCACCUGCCCAUGCUGCUUCCACCCCUGGAGAAUCUUCUGUGGACAUCGACCUCUUAGUGAUGCUGCCAGGAAAAUUUCUGCUUGCCAUGGGCGUCUGGCCACCAAGGAAUUUCACACCCUGACGAUUACUCUUGACACUUUUAUGUAUUCCAUUGUUUUAUAUGAUUUUCCUAACAAUCAUUUAUAAUUGGAUGUGCUCCUGAAUCUACUUUUUAUAAGAAAAAAAAUCUGCUGUGCACAAUUUUCCAUGUACAUUACAACUGGUUUUUGUUUUGUUGGGGGGGCGGGUGGGGAGGGGGAGGGACUUUUAUUUAUUGUGUUCACAAACUCCAUCUUUUCAGCAUAUCCUUUAAGUUUAGUUCUUUCUUCCAGUUAUACUAUGUACUAUCAGUUUUGAUAUAACUAUAUAUAAAUAUAAAAUUAUAUAUAAAGGGUUAUUGAAACCAAUCCAUGGCAACGCUGGUGCUUGAUACACUGUGAAGUGAAUACAACAUUGACCAGUUACACAUCUGGAACAGUCCCUUCUGUGAAAGUGCUGAAACUAAAUUAAAAUCAGUCUUACAUGAAGUGUGUUCCAACCCACGCGGGAACUUGAUUCUCAUCUGUUUAAAGAGUACUGGACGAUAUAAAAAAUAUAUAUAUUUUUUAAACAAUGUGAUCUCAAAUUUAAAGACUGCUCCAGAUAGCCUGCAUUUGCAAUGGAAUAACUGACAAAUCACAAAUGUCUAGUUGGGACAGCUUUAUUCAGAGUAACUAAACUAGCUCCAGAAUGCCAAGUAUUCAGUGUAAAUUACGGUUACAUGUUAACAUUGCUUUUUCUUACAUAAGCACUCAUGAAAAUAUGGUAUUCUGUAACUCAAAUUCCAUCCAUUUUCCAGACCUUUACUCAUGUCUGAGGUAAAUCUAUAAAUUGCCUCUUAGUUUUAGGAUUAAACUGUCUAAACUGUACUUGGGUCCUUUCAAGAAGCAAAUCCCUGUUUCCAUUUGCACGUGACAUUGCAGUGGUGGUUUUCGUAAUUGAAAUUUGUUUGCCUCUUGUCUUACUGUUUCCCAAAUCCUUUCCCUACUGAUUUCCUCGUGAGAACUAAUUUUCUUUUUUUAAAAAAAAUACUCGUUUGUUUAAAAUCUACUUGUUUUACUGAACAAAGGUUAUCAACCACACAUCCAACCCUGCCGUGGAGCUUUGGAGUGUUUGGAGACAUUCUCGGGUCCCUGCUGUGAGGAGGAACACAGUGGAGAGUGGCUUGAGCGCAGUGUCCUUGGGAAAACCCGUGCUUCCCUCCAGCCUUCGAGGGAGUGAUCUUUUUCUUCCUAAAUAGUUUGAAAAAAAAGUCUCUUCCAAAGUUUCAUUCCAUCUGGGCUCUUCUUCCCCCUUGCCCCCACCCCCAUUUUGCAAAAACAAAGACCGCUAAUAUAAUCUCAUCCCUCCUCAUUUAAAAUUUUUUUUUGUUUCAUUUCCCUUUGGAUUUGGGGUCUCUUCUUUGGAUUUGGGGACUCUUAACCUCAGAUUCACAGAGCUCAUAGAGUCCUUUCCAGCACGGGAAUGUGACUUCACCUUCCUUUACUUGAUCAUACUGUAGGGCCUUGCAGGAGGGCAGCCGAUCUGUAUUGCAGUGCAUCACAUUUGGUGUGAAAAACAUGGUUCGCUUAAGAAGUAACUUCUGUCUGUGGAGGCAACGAGUAAAAAUUUAAAAUUAACAGCUUGAUUUGAGUAGCCAACAGGAAAGGUUCCUUUCACAUUUACAUUAAAACUACCCUGUAAUCACUAAUGAACCAUAAUUUAAAUUCUGUUCUCAAAGGUAUAGAUUAUAAAGCAGUGCCAUUUGUGGUCCUAUUCUCAAAUGCAUGGACAAUGUUCCCCUCUUUUUAAAAUAAUGCUUGUAUCUGGGAUGCAAGCUAUGCUUGUCUUUUUAAAUACAUUUUUAAAGUAUUUAUUAAUGAACCAAAGGAAAUUUGAUGCUUUCCGUAAGCAUCGGGAUAUAUAAUACAUAGUGAUUUGACUAUGAAUUUUAAAUCCACAUUUUAAUAUUAGUGGGAUAUUGCAAAGACAUUCUAAAGUUUUAAUAUUCCUUUUAUUAAGGGACUCAGGGAGGGUAAAUUAGUCAGCCAUAUUUAUUUUCCAGAGAUGUAAGGAAUUGCUAAGUUUUUUAAUUAACUUUUUAAAAAAUUUUAAACGCCACCAAACUCAAUGUGGGUUGCACUGCUUUUUGAACCAGUAAGUGUUAGUAUGCACUUUGUUCAGAAACACUGUGUACUUUUUCAAAAUUAGUUUCAUGUAAAGUGAUUGGACCCCCAGAUUAGUGGAAAAAGCUGAUUAACCAGCUACUCAGGCUGCUAAUUAAUCCAUUGCCAAUGUCUUGGUUUUUCAGUUUUGCCUCCAUAAAAAUUUAACGAAUCAGAGAAUAGGGAGGGGUGAAGGAAGGGAGGAUUGCCUUAGAAUAGGUGGGAUGAACUUGCCAUUUUGGUAGAAACUGCAGCUAACAUGGGACUUCUCUUGGCAGUCAGAUGUUACCGGGCCAGACCUGAGGCUGCCAGUGUAUUCGGAUGAGGUAGUGAGGUGGUAGGAACUUUAGACUUUUAAUUUCUGAAAUAGAUGACAUCCCUCAGGCAUGUAUUCUGGAAAUGGAAUUUCUUCAACUUCUGGAUAUGCAGUUUGCCCUGCAAUUAGUAGGCAACGCGUGUUAAAGACACUAGUGGAGAUUAUAAAGAUAUAUAUUAAAAGAGGACCAGAAAUACUUGGUAUUCAGUGGCACAGAUAGCAGGUUGUGAAAUCAAAACAAAAGCACAGUGUUAACGCUUGCAGUUUUCCAUUUGUUUUAGUACCACAUGGUCGCUCACACUUUGUGUGUGCACACACACAGUUUACCUGACUUGCUCUAUUUGAGUCAUGCAGUUGGGGAUUAAAAAACGUAAAGACAUCCUGUGACACCCACAAAAUGUUUUAAUCAGAACCUUUCAGUUUCAACCUGGAUAUUUAGAAACAUUGGCAGAAGCUUCUGUGAGUUUAGUUCCACUAAGAUGUAUCACCUGCCUUAUCAAGACCAUUCUCAGUCUACUUUUUUAAGCUACCGUAUCUUAAAUUAUUGAAAAUUUAUUAAUUGCUGAAUAUAUAAUAACCUUUGCUUGUAUGUAACCGAAAAUGGUUUAAGAGCCAACAUUUAGAGUAUGACAAUGGAGCUGAACAGUUUUUAAUGCGCAAGCAGUUCUGUUCUUGUGUAUGACUUGUAACCUUAAUUUACUGUGUAAAGAUGGUUACAUUAUUUCCUUAGCUUUGUUUGUUGGAGACAAAUAGAGAAUGCUUGUUAAGUAUGUCAAAACAUAAUCUUGUGAAUUUUUGUUAAUGUAUUAUACGAGCUAUAUUUUUCAUUUGCCCAAAAAAGACAGCUUGUAUAACGCUUUUGGAAGUUUCUGCUCUGUAACGUCCUUAGAGCUGACAGUCUGUUAGGUUUGUUUUUUUCUUCAUGCUAAAGUGUCAGUUGGUGGUUUUGUGAACUGGUCAGAAAUUCACAGGUCUUAAAUGUUUUGGGGAAAUUUAUAUUGGACACUGCUCUUUGUCUAGCAAAUAAAAGAUGUUAAUAUAUUCCUGUUACUGGCAUGUGCACGACUAUGUGAUUAGAAGCCACUUUAUCAUUUUCCUGCUUUAAAUAGAAAUGUCUAUUUAUGAAUUUUGCUUGUAGUUUUUUCACAAAUAAAAUAGUAAAAUUUA